AUGCGGGAGAAUCUCGCGUAUUUACUCGACCAGCGGCUGUACGAGUCGGCUGAGAUCCUCGGAAGCUUCCUGGUCUCUGCAGCUGCGCCGGGCAGCGACGUGCCGGCAAUAUCGAGGGCGGAGAAUCUCGUGCUCUACGCGGACGCGCUCUUCGGGCGGCAAGAGUUCCGCCGCGCGCUGAACCUCUACCGCCAGGCACAGCAGCUCUGCAAGGUGGCCGGCCACGCGGGCGGCAGCAGUCGGACUGUUCCCGGCAGCCCUGCCACUGUAGCAGGCACUGUAGCCAGCGCCGGCCUUGGGACUCCCGCCCAGUCAGGCGGCUACAGUGCAGGGGGGGUGGGGGCGGGCGGAGGGGGAACGGGGGGAGGAUCAGGGGGAGUGGGGCGGUAUGGGGGGUUGGGGCAGUCAGGGGGAGGGAGCGGGAUUGGGGGGGGUGGGGGAGGGGGGAGAGUGGGAGUUGGGGGGGGGAUGUCUAUGGGGUGUUUGCCUAUGGUUUCAGGGGGAGCGUGUGUGGGAGGAGCAGGGGGAGGGGGAGGGGGCGUGGUUGGCGGAAUGGGGGGUGGAGGGGCGAGCAUGGUGGCCUUGGAUACAGACGUGGGGAAGGCAGAGGUGCGGCUGCGAGUGGCAGAGUGCUACGUGGCAUUGAAGGAGGUCAAGCCCGCCCUCACAGAGCUGGAGGCAGUGCCUCACCGCCUGCGCUCGCUGCGACUCAACCUGCUGCUCGCCCGCCUCUAUCGUUCCAGCAGCUACGACCGUGCUGCUCUCACUGCAUACAAGGAAUGCCUCAGGCAGUGUCCAUUCGCAAUGGAGGCAGUGACAGCAGUGGGUCAGCUGGGGCUGUCAGCCAAAGAGACAUGCGCCCUGCUGCCACAGCAGGAGCCCCUCCCCUGCACACCCAGCAGCAGAGGGGGCAGCAAGGCCGGAGCAACAGGAGAAGUGCACGAGUCUUGCAAGUGGCUGCAGAAGUAUGUGGAGGCACAGGCACACCGAGCAGCCAAUGAGAACGCAGCCUGUGUGGACGAGUAUCAGCAGCUGUUGACUCGCUUCCCCAGCAACGUGCAUCUGCACCUGUACAUGGGGCAGGUGGAGGCAUCGCAGGGUCGCAAUGAGGAGGCCAUGCUACACUACCAAAAGGCCCGCACUCUAGACCCUUUCAACGUGGCCUGCAUGGACGACUACGCUCUGCUCCUCCUCUCCCGCCGCUCCCCCUCCGCCUCCUCCGCCCUCUCCCUCCCCAACCUGCAAGUCGACGCCAGCGUGGGGGGAGGGGGAGCAGCGGGGGGGGCGGGGGGAGCGGGGGGGGCGGAGCUGAGGAGGCUGACAGCGGAGAUGGUGGGAGUGGGGGCGGGGAGAGUGGAGGCAUGGGUGGUGGCUGCCGCGCUUUGGAUGAGCCGGGGGGAAAGAGGCAGACGUGGCGUAUGUAUGAGGACGUGGCGUAUGUAUGAGGACGUGGCGGCUGUGUUUCGUGAUCCCAUCUUUGUCAGACUCCCAUCUCUCUCACGCUCAUCCUCGCCCCCUCAUGCCCCUCACCUACCUUCGUCCCCCCACCCGUCCACCCCCAGGCUCUUCGAUGGGACGACCACCACUUUCCAGCUUUCCCCCAUUCUGCUCUAUGCACCCAUUUCCCCCAUUCUGCUCUAUGCACCCAUUUCCCCCAUUCUGCUCUGUGCGCCCAUCUUAUCCUCUUACCUGCCAGUCCUCCCGCCCUCUCCCUCCCUCCUCUCCUGCCCUCUCCCUCCCCACGUCCACCCCCAGGCGCUUCAACUGGACGACCAUCACUUCCCUGCUCUCCUCACCCGCCUUCCUCCUCUUGCCUUUGCACUCCUCCCUCCCUUCCCUCCCGUCCCACCCCCUCCCACCCCCUCCCGCCUUCCUCCUCCUUGCGUCCGUCCCCAGGCGCUUCAACUGGACGACCAUCACUUCCCAGCUCUCCUCGCUAAGGUGCACCUACGCCACCCUCCCCACCCUUCCCUCCCUCCCCAACCUCCCCACCCCUCCACCCUCCCCAACCUUCCCACCCUCCCCACCCUCCCCACCCUCCUCUCCCUCCCCACUCUCCCCUCCCUCCUCCCCCUUCCCACCUUACAAUCCCUCUCUUUCCCUCACCUUCUCAUCCUUUCAUCGCCGCGUUAUUUUGAUAUGAACUGCCACGCUACACACAACGCCAACUCCCUCUCUCUCCAUGCCAUGUGCACUUGUUGGUUUUCAGACUUCUUCAAUGCAUCCGUCCCUUUUGAGGAUUCUCAAAAGCCAACUCCCUCUCUCUUCAUGCCAUGUGCGCUUGUUGGUUCUUCAAACUUUUCAAUGCAUCCGUCCCUCCUUCGUCUUCUCUCCUCCCCCCUCCGUCCCCAUCAGGACGCCAUUGUGCUGCAGGCAGAGCGGUCACUGUCAGCAGCAGGGAGGUUUCAAGACAUACCCCCCCUCUGCCUUCCCCCCCGCCUGCUUCCCCCCCUUCCCCCGAACCCCCCAUCAGGGCGCCAUUGUGCUGCAGGCGAAGAGGUCACAGGGACCGCUCCUGGUACUGCCGCACUCUGUCCUCUCGCUGUCGCUCCUUCUCUGCUGCCCUCGAGACUUCUGGUGUCCGCACACCUUCUCUCUUGCCUCGCCAGUCCUCCUCGCGCCUCCACUCCCUUCCUCUUUCCGGUGAGUCCGACCUGUCUCUUUCCGAGCGCUAUUCUGCUGCAAGCAGAGAGCUCAGCGUCAGCAGCAGUGGCUCAGAUUUCAAGCAGUCGCGUCACCCCACCCAACCCCCAUUCUCCCCCACGGCCGCACCACCUUCGAUCCCCAUCAGUGUGCCAUUCCGCUGCAGGCGGAGAGGUCAGAGUCAGCAGCAGUGGCGUUUUUACGUAUCCCCCUCUGCGUUCCCCUCCUGCUUCCCCCUGGCGCCAUCCUUCUACAAGCAGAGCAGUCAGAGCUAGCAGCAGUGGCCCCAAAGCCAAGCACUCCCCUCAGGCAUUCGUUCAGAUCCACCCCACCCUUCUCCACCCCACUCCACCCCACUCCACCCCUCUCCACACCUCUCCACCCCACCUUUCCCUCCCUCCCCCGAACCCCCACCAGGGCGCCAUUCUGCUGCAAACCGAGCGGGCGGAAUCAGCAGCAGUGGCGUCUGCAGCAGCUGCCAUCUUCCGGAGGGCCUACACACAGAAGCAGGACCUCCGGGUGUUCCAAGGUGAGGGGGUAGCAUUGGGGGAGGGGAGGAUGGGGAAGGGGGAGGGGUGUGGCGGGAAGAAGGGCGGGUGGCGUUGGGUAUGUGUGGGCGAGGAGGAGGAGGUGAAAGGAGAGCUUACACACAGAAGCAGGACCUGCGGGUGUUCCAAGGUGAGGGGAGGGGGGUGGGAGGGGGGCUGUGUGGGGGAAGAAGGUGAAAAGGAGGCCUACACAAAAGCAGCAGCCAUUUUUUGGAGAGCUUGCACGCAGAAGCAGGACCUGCGGGUGUUCCAAGGUGGGUACAGAGGGGGAAAGUGUGGUGGGUCGGCGGGGAGUAGGGGAGGAGAUGAAUGGGGCCUACACCCAGACAGCAGCCAUUUUUUGGAAGGCAUCAACACAGAAAAGAAGCAGGACCUGCGGGUGUUCCAAGCCUACCUGCGGAUUCCGAAGCUGAAGGAGGCCAUAGCAGCGGCUCGGGAGGCAGUCAAGGCGUUUCCCAACUCUGCCAGCGCGUUGUCUCUUCUGGGGGAGGUGUAUCUGCAGCACGGCGACAGCAGGGACAAGGCGCGCAAGGUGUUUGAGGCGGCACUGAGGAUGGACGGGCGCUGUGGUGCUGCUGUCACGGGCCUGGCAGACGCUCACAGCAUGGACGGGCGGCAUUCUGCUGCCGUUGACGUGCUGGAGCGCCACCUGGCAGUGGACGCUGCUGACUGGAUCCACGUGAAGCUGGGGUUUGUCCACAUGGCGGCCAACCGGCUGCCCGACGCUCUGCACCAUCUGCAGACGGCCCUCAGCAUCAAUCCGACCAAUGAAAACGCCAAGAGAGGGCUCAAUCGCAUCGACCGACUUCUAAAGUGCAUGGCUAACACUUGUCUCUCAUAUCAUUGCUCGCAGGGAGGCGAUGGGGACGACGAGGAGGAAGAGACCUCCACACAGUAUGGCACUGGCAGUCCUCUCUUUGAAUGA